CCCCAUUCCGACCGUCAUGCUUCCAGCUUCCAUCGCACACAAGACUGGUUGAGCAGGAAGAGCACUGCCCAAGCCGCCAGUGUGCUAUCUACCAAGCUGACAUGCUGACGACAGUGACGUAAGGUCAGCAUGCCCCCGUCCUACGCCCUUGAGGUCGAUAAUCUGAGCACUGACCCUGAUCAUCGGAACGUGGAGUUUCUCACGAGAAUAUGAUGUGCAAUGGCAUACCUUGACUCAAAGAUCGUGGAUGGGCGGUACAGGUGACAUGGCUUUACCUUAUAAGACUUACCAACAGCCCAACUUCUCUUCAUCGGACUUCGUUUCCUCCUCAUAACCCCUCGAGCUUCCAUUCGUACCCAUUUUGCAUCUCCGCUGUAGUCGUGCUCACACCGUCUAGCUGUCCAAGAUGAAGUACACCAUCCCCAUCGCGCUCGCCUUCGUGUCUGCGACCCUUUCGUACGCGCAGAACAGCGCUUCGUACGCACAAGGACUGCUCCAGGCACUGCAAAGUGCCAACUUGACAAUGCUUGCGUCUGCCGCUGGGAACUCUUCGGAUCUGGUCGCCGCGCUGCAGAGCGGAGGCAACAAAACGGUGCUGGCACCGACGAACGAUGCGUUCGCCGCGCUCGGCGCGACACCCUCGGAGGAUUUGCUGCACGCCAUCAUCACCUAUCACGUCAUCAAUAGCACGGUGUCCGUCGCCGAUGUCAGCGCGGCCGGCAAUAAUGUGUCGUCGACGCUCUUGAAGGACGACGACUUCGUCUCGCUGCCCAACGACCGCGCGCAGGUCGUCGUGCUCAGCAAAGAUGCCGGGAACGGGACCGUGCUGAUCAAGGAAGCGAGCCGUAACGUCACAUUUAACCUUACAAGCGAUGGCCCCACGUACGACAACCUGCUUGUGCAGCCAAUCAAUACUGUCCUCUCGAUUCCUGGAAAUCUGAGCACUGUCGCGUCCAGCCUCGGCUACUCGUCCUUCGCUGAUGCAGCGAGCGGCGCGCAGCUCAUCCAGACGCUCUCCGACGCCGAAACCGGCCUGACGAUCUUUGUGCCGAACAACGACGCGUUCCAGGCUGCGAAGUCUGAGAUGGCUAGCGCCGACCGGAGCGCCGUACAAAACAUCUUGCGCAACCACGUCAUUAACGGCACCGUCGCGUACUCUACCCUCCUCACCGGUCCGAAUGCAGUUGCAUCCGUCGUAUCUGCCAGCGGCAACAGCCUCACCUUUGGCGCCGGCAGCAACGGAGGACUGACGGUGACGAGCGGCAAUGUGACCGCGAACAUCAUCCGCACGGACGUCCUACUGUCCAACGGCGUGAUCCAUGUCAUCGACAGUGUCCUCGCAACCACGACGACCAACCCGGAGGCGGCGGCCAGCGCAUUCCACAGCGCCACUUCAGCUGCUGCCGCGAGGCCUAGCGCUGGCAUCUCGGGAUCCUCGGCAGGCAGCAACGGCGCCGUCGGUGGCGCAGUCGGAAGCGUCGCGCUCGUCGCUGCAGCCGCGGUAGCCGGUGCGCUGGCGCUCAUGUCCUGAGCGAAUUGUUACGGUGCAGACCGUGCGGGCACGGACGAACGCGGCACGCAGCGAACAGCUCCGCUCUUACUAUGUUAAAGUAGAGGAGGAAGGGCUCAGUUAUGC